UUUCACUUUCUUUCCAAAGAAAGCAACAAGAGUCGGUUCCUUCAUCUCUGCUAAGCCAAAACCAGAAGGCUUCGUUUCCAAGCCAACCCUCCACCUCCGCUUCACCUUCUCCGAUCUACUCCGAUAUAUUGUUGGAUGCGUCUUUUUUAAGAGAGUAGCUUAGAUACCACUUGGUGGGGGUGUUCUUUUUCGUUUCGAUUCAGAUGGCUGUGUCGAAAUCAAGAACGCUGCCCGAGUUUCUAUGGGCAUUGCUGGUUUUGGUUAUGUUCGCGCAUGUCUGCAACGGGUUCUAUCUCCCUGGGAGCUACAUGCAUACGUAUUCGAAAGGGCAAGAGAUAUUUACCAAGGUUAAUUCCUUGACUUCUAUUGAGACUGAGCUUCCGUUCAGUUACUACAGUCUGCCGUACUGCAAACCCCAAGGAGGUAUCAAGAAGAUGGCGGAGAAUCUCGGGGAGCUUCUGAUGGGAGAUGAGAUCGAGAGCUCUCCUUACCGCUUCAGGAUGAAUAUGAACGAGACUGUUUACUUGUGUACUACAAACCCUUUGAAGGAGCAUGAGGUGAAGCUGUUGAAGCAGAGGACCAGGGAUAUGUAUCAGGUCAAUAUGAUCCUUGAUAAUUUGCCCGCCAUGAGAUAUGCUUAUCAAAAUCGGGCGACGAUCCAGUGGACUGGGUAUCCUGUUGGGUUCACACCAGAUGGAAGUAAAGAUGAUUACAUCAUCAACCACCUCAAGUUCAGGGUUUUGAUUCAUGAGUAUGAAGGGAGUGGUGUGCAGAUAAUUGGUACUGGGGAAGAAGGCAUGGGUGUCAUUUCAGAAGCAGAUAAGAAGAAAGCAUCUGGCUAUGAGAUUGUUGGCUUUGAGGUUUACCCUUGUAGCGUUAAAUACGACGCUGAUACCAUGAGUAAAAAUGAGAUGUAUAAGUCUAUCGCACCGGUGAAUUGUCCCAAAGAUGCGUCCGAGUCUCAAAUCAUAAGGGAACAAGAGAGAGUGUCAUUCACUUAUGAGGUUGAAUUUGUGAAAAGUGAUAUAAGAUGGCCAUCAAGAUGGGAUGCUUAUUUGAAGAUGGAGGGUGCCCGUGUGCACUGGUUCUCUAUCCUCAAUUCAUUGAUGGUGAUAUUCUUCCUUGCCGGUAUCGUUUUUGUCAUAUUCCUAAGGACUGUGAGGAGGGAUUUAACAAGAUAUGAAGAACUGGACAAAGAAGCGCAAGCUCAGAUGAAUGAGGAGCUUUCUGGGUGGAAGCUUGUUGUGGGAGAUGUGUUCAGAGAGCCAGAUCACUCAAAGCUUCUUUGUGUGAUGGUCGGUGACGGGGUUCAGAUUACAGGGAUGUCAGUUGUCACUAUCAUCUUUGCAGCAUUUGGCUUUAUGUCACCUGCUUCACGAGGAAUGUUACUGACAGGCAUGAUCAUUCUAUAUCUUUUCCUUGGUAUUAUUGCUGGUUAUGUUGCUGUCCGAAUGUGGAGAACCAUAAAGGGAACUUCAGAAGGGUGGAGAUCCGUUUCCUGGUUUGUUGCAUGCUUCUUUCCUGGAAUCGUAUUUGUUAUUCUUACAAUUCUGAAUUUCAUCCUAUGGGGGAGCAAUAGUACUGGCGCUAUUCCUAUUUCCUUGUAUUUUGUACUCUUUUCCCUCUGGUUCUGCAUUUCAGUGCCACUCACUCUUCUUGGAGGAUUCUUAGGGACACGAUCUGAGGCUAUUCAAUAUCCUGUGAGAACCAACCAGAUUCCUAGAGAAAUUCCUGCACGCAAAUAUCCAUCAUGGCUUCUUGUUCUAGGUGCCGGGACACUUCCCUUUGGAACCCUGUUCAUUGAACUUUUCUUCAUCCUUUCCAGCAUCUGGCUAGGAAGGUUCUAUUACGUCUUUGGUUUCCUGCUUAUAGUUCUUCUAUUGCUGGUGGUUGUUUGUGCUGAAGUUUCAGUGGUUCUCACAUACAUGCAUCUCUGUGUGGAGGAUUGGCGGUGGUGGUGGAAGGCUUUCUUUGCUUCAGGGUCAGUUGCCCUUUAUGUGUUCCUGUACUCCAUCAACUACUUGGUAUUUGAUCUGCAGAGUUUGAGUGGCCCUGUGUCGGCUACCCUUUACCUCGGUUACUCGUUAAUCAUGGCAACUGCAAUAAUGUUGUCAACUGGCACCAUCGGCUUUCUCAUGUCUUUCUACUUUGUUCAUUACCUAUUUGCAUCUGUCAAGAUUGAUUAGAAGUGUUUGCUGGUAUUUUUGUUAAUCAUACAGUUGGAAAUGAGUCUGCUAUGUCGGAAGGAGUAUUUUUGGUUAAGGUGAUUGUAUUGCGGCAUAUCAAGAGUCUCUCUGAUGGUGCUGCAUGAAGACUAUAUUUUCUGUAUACUGCCUCAUCUGUAACAAGCCCAGCAGCAGCUUCUCCUUUUACCUCAUACAUCCCAUUUUAUUUCUUACUACAAUCAGUGUUGUGCUUCAAUUCGGAUUACGAACUUUAGUUAUUCACAUUGUGCUAGAAAGUUGUAAUGUCAUGGACCGUCAAUCCCUGUAUUCUCUCCAAUUUCAUAUCUGAAAUGAAAGUAAAAACUUGAUAAUCA